ACCAAUAGGUGGCGCAAUUUUCUGUUUUUUUUUAUGCUUUAUUGAAGCUGAGCCCAAAGUGGAGCUUGAAUCUGACUGCGCUGGUCCUUUCUUUUGGCAACUUUGGCAUUGUUCUUGAGAGGUAUGGCUUCAAAGGUAUCAACUCUUGUGUCAACAAAAUGGCUGUUUGAACAGAUAUCAAGAGGCAUGAAUAAUAAUCUACAAGUUUUGGACUCUUCUUGGUAUCUACCAAAAGCUAAACGUGAUCCUUUGAAGGAGUACAAAGAGAGGCACAUACCUGGUUCCCUGUUUUAUGACAUCGAAGAGAACUCCGACAACACGUCGCCAUAUUCUCAUACACUGCCAUCACCAGAUGAGUUCUCAAAGUACAUUGGCAAACUAGGUGUUGGAUCAGAUACUCAUGUCGUAGUCUACGAUGGUAGUGAACAGGCUGGCUUUUUCUCUGCUCCUCGUCUGUGGUUCCUGUUACGAGUGUUUGGACAUCAGCAGGUGUCCGUUCUGAAUGGUGGGCUUCAAAAGUGGAUUAGCGAUGGCUACGAGCUCACAGACAAAAUACCAGAAGUAGACGAAGCACAAUUUCAAGCUAAGUUUCACUCAGAGAAAGUGAAGAGUUUUGAAGAAAUGGAUGCCAACAUAACCGAGAAGAAAUAUCAAGUAAUGGAUGCAAGAUCAAAAGGAAGGUUUGAUGGAACAGCUCCAGAACCAAGAUCAGACUGCAAAUCAGGACAUAUCCCAAAUUCUAUUAGUUUACCAUUUCCCAGCAUCAUUGACAUGGAAAACAAAUGCAUGAGGAGUCCUGAGGAAAUACAAAAGAUUUUUGAUGACAGUGGAAUCGACUUAAGCAAACCGCUUGCAGCCUCAUGUGGUGCAGGGAUCUCAGCAUGCGUGCUAAUUCUUGGGGCGCACAUGGCUGGCAAGGACGACGUGUAUCUGUUCGAUGGUUCAUGGGUCGAAUACUACAAGCGAGCAAAACCAGAAAAUAUUCACACUCUAGAUACACCAUUAGGAUAAAUUUUGGGUUUGAUACGUACAGUUAGAAAAUAUAAACAUUCCAAUUAUGCGAGGCAUGCCAUCCAAAACCAGCGUAAAGUUGCCAAUUGUUGAAAUGAGUAAUUAGCAUAAGAAUAUAGCAGUAUUGUAUACUUUAGUACAGAGAAACCAUAAUACUUUUACUCAUAACUUUGGCAAUAAUAAGUCAGUUCCAGUAAAUGACACAUACCAUAAUUUAUAACGUGGAGAAUAAGAAUAUAUUAAAAAGUAAAUCUUCGUUUUUGGUCAAUGAUGCUGUUUUUUGGAUGGCAAGCCUCAUAUUAAGGAUUCAUAUCAGAUCAUGUCUCCCCAGGGGUCCCAAUUCUCCAAUAAGGCACAGGAAUCUCA